GUCACAGUGAGCCUGUGCUGCUAAAUGCUCCUCCAGCUUUCAGAGGGACGAUGGUGGAGGGCUGGUAAAGAUGGCGGCGCUCUCCGAGGAUGGGAGAUACGGAUUAAAUUGUGGCCAACAAAGAGCAGAAAGAGUCACCGUAUUACAUGUAAAAUUGACCGAGACAGCACUAAGGGCAAUAGAGACCUACCAAAACUGUACGAAUGUACCUUCACUGCAGCCAAGGAUACAUUUCAAGGGACUACAAGGGCGCAUUAAAAUCCCUAAGACUGACUCCUCCUCGAACACCUUCCACAAUUUUGAUUUUUACCUGUCUAAUGUGGGCAAGGACAACCCUCAGGGAAGCUUUGAGUGCAUCCAUCAGUAUACGUCGAGCUCAGGGGCCUCACACCUGGCAUUGUUGGCGACAGUACAGGAUAAGGUCACAGUGUGUGCCACUAAUGACUCCUACCAGGUGACCCGGGAACGCAUGACACAGGCUGUAGAGGACACACGUGAACGUGGGACCAAAGUCAUUAAGCCUGGUGGUCAGUACAGAGGAAAGCAAGUACAUAUCCGUAAGCCUGCACUAUCAGCCCCAGAAGUGGUCCCAGAGCGCAAACGCUCCACACCCAUCAACCCAGCCAACACUAUUCGUAAGUGCCUUUCCAAUAACCCCGUAUCACAGCGGCCGUUCCGAGACCGCAUCGUCCAUCUGCUGGCACUGAGGUCCUACAAGAAGCUGGAAGUGCUUGCACGUUUGCAGCGUGACGGUAUCAACCAGAAGGACCGCAAUUCAUUGGGGACCACCCUGCAACAGGUGGCAAACCUGAAUCCCAAAGACAAUGCAUAUUCUCUGAAGGACUACAUAUACCGUGACGUACAGCGAGACUGGCCUGGUUACUCAGAGGAUGAGAAGUCCCAGAUUGACCGGAUCCUCAAUCGCAAAUUAGGUCUUCCUAAUGAGAUAACCUCAUCCAGCGGUUCUCCCAAAGACGGUGUCCCCACAUCCCCUCAGAAGCGCCAGCCAGACUUUGACUUCAUUGAUCCUUUGGCACCAAAGAAAGCCCGCAUCUCCCACCUCAAUAAUCGAGCGCCAGCCGCAUCUUCGUCAUCGUCCUCUGAUCGCCGUGAGGACGAGGGCAGCCCCAGCGCUAAACGCUCGUCCCUACCCUCCAAUGCCACCUCAGGCCCUCCCACUCAUCUCCCCAUCUCAUCCUACCCACCUGCCCCCUCUCACCAGCAGCCUAGUCCAGCUUCCAACUCCAACUCACCAAGCACCCCAGAGGGCUGUGGCACCCAGGAUCUGCCCAUGGACCAGAGUUCCUCCUGCAGAGAUCCUUCACCCAGGUCUUUUUCGUCCGAUAGUAGAUCCCUGCAGGACCGCUAUCGGCAUCCUGGUCCUGGCCCCAGACCAGUUGCAGGCCACAGCCCUCCACCUUGCACAUCACUCACAGUUACCUCCACUGUCAUCUCUAGCCCUCCUUUGUCCAGCAUUACCAAUAAGAAGGUUAAAAAGAAAUCUAAGAAGCACAAGGAUCGAGAAAGGGAGAAAGGGAAACCAAAGGAAAGAGAAGGCAGUAGUCCUCAUGGUGUUGCAGAGCAGGCUGUGGAAAGUCGUAGAGCCAGAAAGAAGCAGAAUCCUGAUGAAGAGACCAGAGGUGUUAUCAGCAAAAAUUCUCACAAAGAUCAAGACUCUUCACACAAAGAGAGGCCAGUCCAGUCCACUGAAUUGUCAUCCAAAAUGGAGACACCUGACUAUGUAUUGAAGUACACGGCAUUGGUGUCCACUGACCAGCGGCAAAGCUACAAGGAUGAUUUCAACGCAGAGUACGAUGAGUACCGCCUGUUGCAUGCCCAUGUGGAGAACAUCACCCGCCGCUUUACGCAGCUGGACGCCCAGUGUCGGAAGUUGGCCCCUGGCACCAAAGAGCAUCAGAAGGUGCAAGAGGAAGUCUUGAAAGAGUACAAAAAGAUCAAACAACACAGCCCCAACUACCACGAGGAGAAGCUGCGCUGCGAGUACCUGCACAACAAGCUGGCCCACAUCAAGCGGCUGAUAGCUGAUUUUGACCAGCGCAGAGCCCAAGCCUGGUGCUGAGAGCACAGUAGAGAACAUCUUCACUCAUCAGUAUUGAGAAUGAAGGGUCAAACCGAGAGCGGCUGUUCAGCUGACUCUUAGCUAUUAACACCCCUUCACUUGCUGCCUCUGCAACAGGUCCUUCCCCCCUUUCCUUUUUCCUUCUGUCAUCUUUCUUCAUUCCUCCUUUUCUUUUCUGAUCUUUGAUUCCACAGGCUUCAUUGGUGCCUGCAAUCUCAAAAAUUUGCUUUUGACUUUCUCCAAUCCUUUACUUUUGCGGUAUUUUUUUUUUCUUCUUCUUUUCCUGUGGAUUUGAUACCACUGGACCAGUGGAAGGGGCCGUCUGCAUGUGUGAGCGGGUUUGUCUGUAAUUUUGAAGAACUUUCUCUUCAAACAAAAAGUAUUUUUGAGCAUCAGAUAAAAUAUUAACAUGUAUUUAAGUGAAACAAAAAAGAAAGAGGGAGAUCUAUUUAUUUUGAGACUCAUAGUGCAAAAUAAGAGUCUGCAAAUAUAUUAAUUUUUUUUUUUUUUAACAAUGCAAAAAAAAAAAAACCACAGGCCUUAUGUGUUUUGACUCUGUGAAGCCAUUUUGCACGCAGGAUCCAUCUGCCAUCUCAACUGACGAAGGUAUCUAUCUUGCCUCGUUUCCUCUCAUCACUUCAAACGGCAAUGAAUAACCACACUUCAAUAAAUUGCUGCUGAGUUUGAGGCUGAGGAGGAAGGAAACGAGACAGGAAGAAGAAAUCACUUGAGCUGAUUGAGAACCAACAGUUUGUGUGCAUGGAUUGUGAAUUUAUUUGCAAUGAUCACGUGGUGAAGGUUGUUAUAAGGCCCCCUGUCAAUAAGGGGCAGUAUUCCUUGCACCAAACUAUUGAAAAUUCACAGUGCAUUAUGGAUGCCUUUAAGGUGUUUACAUUCGGAAAUGUAGUGAUGGGCGUUGGAGUCCACUGGCUGUACAAAGGAACUACAACUGCCUAGAAACAGGUCUGUGUGUGAGAGUGUGUGUGUGUGUGUGUGUGUGAGAGAGAGAGAGAGCGUGCAGAUGUCAGUGAUGGAGAAAGGAAGGAGUGUUAUAAAUUGUGUGUACUUGUAUGGAUGUGUAUUAUGUUGCGUGAAGGAAAAAUGGAAAUGUGGAGAAGUGGGAAAUAUAGAAAACAAACAAAAAAAAGCUGCUAUAGCGUUUAAUCAGCCGGGAACACUCGGGAUCAGCCUGGCUGGAGCAAGAGUACCUGAUCCUACCUGAAGAAAGAAAGGAAGAUCCUUACUCGGUUCUUCUCUAGACCCUACAAAGGACUGCCCCCACUUCUUGAGCUUUAUCCAGCGGCAAACAGUCUUUUUGUUUUGUUUGUUUGAAAGGAAGCAAAAUCCACCAGAGGACUCGUCUGUAUUAUGACGUCAGUGCAUUUGAUUCUCAGUUUGAGUAAUGAAAGGUGUCAGUUGGGACAUUUUCUUUUUCAGCACUGACACAGAUUUGGUUUCAUGGGUGGAUGAAUGGCUUCUGUGUAAUUAUUUCAAUGAGGGGGAAAUUUUGUUUACUAAGUUGCAUUAGAAUGUUUGCCAAAAAUUGAAUUGCCUUUUUGGUACUGCUUCCAUGGAGUCAAAUUUCUGAUUACAGCUGAAGUUGAGAAGUCAUUGAAACUGCAAUGUCUCUUUCACUGAAAUAAAACUUCCUUAAAUGUGGGGACAUAAAGAGGAACUUGGUCACUGUGGUGUUGAAGUCUAAAAUAUUUCACAGACAAGAGUCUGUGCCUUCUAAAAAAAACAAAUGAGGCGCUGUUUAUUCCCCACAAAAAAGAAUAUUCUGUCCUAUUUUUAUUAUAUUUUGAUUGUGGCUUCUGUCUUACAGUCAGUCUCUGCAGUAGACUGGCUGUUUGGGUCGGUUGUCAGAAUUUAGAUUAAUUACAUACUCUGCUCAACUUGUCUCAAGUUAUUUUGGACAGAUAAUUAGUGCUUGUAUCCACAAGGUGUCACAACAAGCAGAUAAAAGUCCACCCAGCUGUGGGGGGAGAGGGGAAGUAUUUGUAGUCUGUUUUUCCUGUUUUAACUUCCAGUGAUCAUUUCCCAGGAUUUAGCGCUACAAAGGGCUACUUAACCGACCUGUCGUCCUCUCAGCUUUCCAAAGAUUUAUUUUUUUUUCCUCAAACAUUUUCUUGAGCUAGUUCAGAACAUGAUAAACAAAUGGUAUGUGACUCAGUGUGGAGGAGGGGGUUUGUAAAGUCUGGAUGAACUUUUAAAUUUCCCGUCAGUGUUUAGACAUAAGGAGCCACAAGUGAAUUCUGAGAGAAAUCUGAUCCUGCCCAUCUGAAAAUGUACAAGACAUUUAAAUAAACAUGAGCAUAGUUUGACCUGGAAA